GGGCUCAGGUUACAUUCGCGAGCAGAGCGGAGCGCGGGAGAGAGGACCCGAGAGCAGAGCGGCUGCUUCGGCGCUGGUCAACGGGCAUCCCAAGGCCCCAGAGUCCCCACCCAGCACCACACAGACCCCACCCCCGCCCUGCGCCAGCCUGUGCCCCAGCCAAGGACCCCCAACACCAGCAUGGACUGCUGCACCGAGAGCGCGUGCUCCAAGCCGGACGACGACAUCCUAGACAUCCCGCUGGACGAUCCUGGCGCCAACGCAGCGGCGGCCAAAAUCCAGGCGAGUUUCCGGGGCCACAUGGCGCGGAAGAAGAUAAAGAGUGGAGAGCGCGGCCGGAAGGGCCCGGGCCACGGGGGAACGGGCGGAGCUGGGGGCGCCCGGGGAGGCGCGGGCGGCGGCCCCAGCGGAGACUAGGCCAGAACUGAGCAUUUUCAAAGUUGCCAAGGAGAGAUGGAUGCCGCGUCCCCUUCGCAGUGACGAGACUUCCCUGCCGUGUUUGUGAUCCUCUCCUUCCCACCAGCCUGCCAGCUUCAGGAGCCCUCCCUGCGUCCCCAGAGACUCCCUCUCCCAGGCAGUCUCCGUCGAGGAGUCGCUAAGUCCCUGCCCUUUUAGUUAGUCCUCCAGUCUAAUAUGGUCCCCAUUCGCCCUUCCUUCCCACCCUAGCCCCAAACCCCGCGCUCUCACAUCUUCCUUCUUUUGCUUCUCGCCCACCUCUGCCCGCACCCCGCAUGCAGCUCUGCCUCCGCAGCCUCCGUGCACUUCCCUGCGCGCACUGCGGAGGGCGCCCUAAGCGUCGCCCAAGUACACUAACUUAAAAAAAAAAAAAGUCCUUUCGUUCUGUGCGCAGAUAAAGGGGGCGCUCUGCGUCUCUGUGCUGUUCGCGCCCCAGCCUAGCCCCAGACCUUUGGCUCUGGGGCGAGGAGAGAGGGAAAGAGGGUUUUUAUGGUGUUGGAUACCUCCUGCUCUGAUUGUAAGGGAAGUACCUAUUUCGCACCCCAACCCCAUGCCUGCCUGUAAUCUGCUUCCCUUCGCCCCAGCGCACCCCGAGAGCCACCUCUCCAGCUCUCAUCUUGUUUAUGCAAACGCCGAGCGCCUGGGAGGCUCGGUAGGAGGAGUCUGCAGCGGCCCCGCCCCCGCCCUGCUAGCCCCGCCCCCCGCCGGGCUCCUGGGGCUGUGGCCCGAAGGAUUUUUAUCUCCGUGUGUGCAUGUGACCGUGCUGGGUUGGAAUGUGAACAAUAAAGAGGAAUGUCCAAGUAUUCAGAGGGUGCCGGACGGGAGGGAGUUUGGGUGCACAAGGCCAUCGCCUGAAGCUUGAGCAAAUUUCACUUGACCAAACCCAAAAGUGGAGGUGAGGAUGGGGAAAAUGGGAAGAGGACCUUGUUAAAACCUACUCUCUUGGAGCCAACCAAACUUCCCACCUACAGCAUCUCCUCUAGGACUCCAAGCCCAUUC